UCACAUUAUACAGAUAUCACAUUAUUUUACAUACAAUUACCCAUUUUUACAGUUGGGUUUUUACUGGAGCAAUCUAGGUAAAGUACCUUGCUCAAGGGUACAACAGCAGUGUCCCCCACUGGGGAUUGAACCCACAACCCUCCGGUCAAGAGUCCAGAGCCCUAACCACUACUCCACACUGCUGCCCAUACUUACAUACUUAAAGUACGAUUUAAUUAGCCGUUUAAAUUAUAUAUUAACAUAAAAAAGUAUAUGCCGUGUUAAGUACUUUAUUGAAAUGUAAUCAAAUGAUCAUCCGUGUUACUGCUUGUAAAUCACAAACAUCAGCAUCUGAAAAUAGUACUAUUAGUACUGGUAAUUGGCUAGCUGUUUGAGAUUGUUUGUUUUGCUUAGGGUUCAUAGGAAUCAUGGUAUGGGUGAGAAUGCAUUGAAGAAAGGAUAUUAACGGGGGCUUGUUAUUGUCAAUCACAGUUUACACAAUGCACAUCUGUGAUUGAAUACAACGCUGUCUGCCUUCUUUCAUAGCACAACAGUAAGUUGAUCUAACUGCAACAAAAAGGUUCCAGACUUCUAUUGCGGUGCCUGUCCGAUCACAGGACGAACCGUUUUUAUCACUUAUUCAAUGAGAAAGAAAAUGCUUUCUUUUUAUCUGUAGAGCUCUGUAAUCUGUUACUGCAGGCUCCUACAAGGACUGACUUCUCCCUGUUCCGUACCACACGCUAUCAACAUUGCAUCUGCCCUGGACAAUGGAGACUAGGGGAUGUAGAGCAGAGAUAUAGUAGCAUGAUUAGAGUCGAUCUAGAAGAUAAAAAUGAGUGCCAUUGAUAUAACUGAGAUUCUGGAUUACUUGGAAGAGAUGAAUUUAACGGAACAAGGAACAGAUCAUUCUUUCAGCAACAGCGUGGAGCACAACUUCAUAGAGACACUAGUGUGCCCUCACAGCUUCAACAAGAGUGCAGUCCUGUACACCCUGUCCCUGUUCUACAUCUUUAUCUUCAUUAUUGGCCUCGUGGCCAACUCUGUGGUGGUGUGGGUGAACCUGCGUGCCGAGAGGAACCGCUACGAGACGCACCUGUACAUCCUGAACCUGGCAAUCGCUGACCUCUGCGUUGUGGCCACCCUCCCCAUAUGGGUGGUCUCCCUGAUCCAGCAUGGCCACUGGCCCUUCGGCGAGGUGAUGUGCAAGAUCACCCAUCUGAUCUUCAGUGUCAACCUCUUUGGGAGCAUCUUCUUCCUCACCUGCAUGAGCGUCGACCGCUACAUCUCUGUGGUCCUCUUCGGGGACUCCAACAGCCGCAAGAAGAAAGUUGUCCGUAGGCUCAUCUGUAUCUUCGUGUGGCUACUCGCCUUGGCAGCCUCCAUCCCCGAUACCUACUACCUCAAAACAACUAUCAACCCAAUCAGUGAGGAAACCUCCUGCCGUCCUGCUUACCCAGGGCACAGUUUCAGGGAGUGGAUGGUCGGGAUCCAGCUCAGCUUUAUUGUCUUGGGCUUUGCCAUCCCGUUCCCCGUCAUCGCUAUCUUCUACAUCCUCCUGGCCAGGGUCAUCUCUUCCUCCAGCGACCAAGAAAGGAGGAUCAGUCGCAAAAUCAUCUUUACCUACAUCGUGGUCUUCCUGGUCUGCUGGCUGCCCUAUCAUGCUGUGCUUCUGAUAGAUGCCUUGUCCCUCCUCAACGUGCUACCCUUCAGCUGCGAACUGGAGAACUUCUUGUACGUGGCCUUGCACUUCACCCAGUGCUUCUCGCUCAUUCACUGCUGCGUCAACCCCGUCAUCUACAACUUCAUCAACAAGAACUACAGGUAUGACCUCAUGAAGGCUUUUAUCUUCAAGUACUCCACCAAAACUGGCCUGGCCAAACUCAUCGAUGCCUCCAAGGUAUCUGAGACAGAGUACUCGGCAGUGGAGAACAACCAACCACUGUGAGAGCCAUUGUCCACUUUGGAAAGACUGAGCACAGUAGCUUUGGAAAGUCACAAAACGUAUAUACAGUGUGCUAGAUAUAGUCACAAAACGUAUAUACAGUGUGCUAGAUAUAUAUAUAUAUUUUCUUUUCAUGGUGAACGUGAUCACUUUUGUACAAUUUUAAUAAGGAGAAGUGUUAUGAUGAUCAGUGAUGCAUAAUUGUGGCACCCUAUAAAGAAACAAUGUAAAAUAUGUAAGGACCAAAUGUAAAUAUGUUCUGUUUUUUAAUAUAAGUAUUAAUAGAAAUUCUUAAUGACAAGUAACUGACAUUUGCUCCAAAACUGACAUGCUGUCCAGGUGGACUUUAGCAUUCCUGAUUACACUGGGGACAAAGGAGCAAGCAAUCGGUAUUAAGUUCUCAUAGUUUAUAUUUACAGUAACUGCUCUUGGUAUAGCACGAAUGGGGAAGAGCAGAACUGGAGUUAAGAAUAAAUGGAUGUUCUCAUCAAGCAUUGCUGUAAGCUGAUAGAUCAGUAACUUAUUGAUCAUGUGUCGUUAAAAAAUGCAGUUUAAUCUAUAAAAUAAAACUUUCCAGGCAAACCAAGGCAAAGUAUAAUUCACAAAACAGACAUUUUUUGUUUUUUUUAAAUAAAAUGUUCACAGUUUUAGGACGGACACAGUCAUGUUCUCUAUUUUAUUUGAAUGUUGCUUAGUGUAUAUUUAAUAGGAGCGUGCCUUAUAAUAACUUUAAAGUAUUAUUAGAUAUUGAGCUAUUUAUAUUCUUCCUAUGGCAGAAACCUUUUCCAAGUGUAUUUUUUGUUUUGUUUUGUAUUUGCUGUUCUUCUAAAUUGUAAUUAUGCUUGUUGUGCAGUAGCUUUGAGGCAAUAUACAGUGUUACAUAAAAUGAAGAGUCUUUUCCUUGUGCUUCAUGCUCUAUAAUGGCUAGGAGAAUAACAUCUUUGCUACCAUCCCUUCUAUAACCCGUUCAGAUUACAGUCACUUAUAAUUAUGCAAAUGCAGUAUGCUGCACUACUUCUUGCAGUAUACUUUCUUUUUUCUAAUGUUCUGUACAAACUGUUUAUUUGACAUAUUAAAUCUGCUGUUAAUAGUACUAUAUUUUUCUAAUCUGUUGACUAUAAAGUGUCUUUUUUGGUACACUGGAGUUAUUUUGCUUUGUUUUUUUUUCGUGGUUGAGGCUUGUUCAAAGUAUAAAUCAGUUCAAAGUUUCAGUACAUCUGCAUGGUUUCUGUUAUAAGCAGUGUGUUUUUUACCUGCACUGGUGUUGGAAUAAGAUACACAGAAAUGUUUUACACUCAAUUUUUAUUAUAAAAAAAUACAAACCCAUUUAUUCAUAAUUUUUCGGUCAGUUCACUUUCUGUUUGGGGAUGCAGAUUUCUACAAUUACAGAUUUCAAAGCAACUCUAAUUAAUGAAAGUAAAUGCAGAGUUCCUGUAGUGGUAGGGAGAACACUUUGUACAUUUACCUUCCAAAUGUAACAUUCUGGACAGUGUGCCAGUCUGGCCCUGGGUACAGUAUGUACUGUACAGUACGAAAUCUGAAAAGAGCUCUUUUUCUCAGUGCUAAUGAAGCCUUACCUGGCAUCAUUGUGUUUGAAUUACUGUAUUAAUGAAGGCACUUCUGUUGGUCAGAAUAACAAGUCAAGUGGUUCAGCUAUCUGUUCUGUACAAAGUCUAUUAUCAUCAUUAUGCAGUGAACCCUUUAAAUGCCAUCUUCAAACUGUACCGAAUUCCCCACAUAAUGUUAUUAAGGAUUCUGGACUCUGUGUGUGUCAGUCACUAGAACUGUUGGCCCAAACAACAAACAGCAGCUUAUUGCAAAAGCUGGUGAAGAAACCAUUCAGGAAUGGAUAUGUUGUAUUUGCCUUUUACACACUCAUUUUUAAAAAUAAAUAUUUUAUGUAUGCAAAGUAA